AUGGACAUCCUUGGUCUGGAGGAGGAUGGGUGGUCACCCCAAUCGCCGACACCUUCACCCGUGUCGGCUCCGCGUACGACCACCGCUCGACAGGAGCCGCCAACAGCUUCUGAACGCGACGAGACGCGCCGACCGUCGACGAUCAUGACUUGCACGCUUCUACCGAUGACGACGCCCGCAGAACGGUCCAGUAGUGUCGCGCCCUCGGACUUGGGUGAAAGGGAAAGCGAUCGGUCAGGCUCGGACAAGAAGACUACUGGGCACGCAUCGAGGAACUCGCGAGAAUGACCGCCUUGGCAGACCAGCUCGAGCUGCAGCAGCCCGUUCAGGUCAGUCCUCCCUCUUGCAUGGCUCGGGCCAGCAUCGACCCGGGGGCACUGACGGGUGGCAGCGCUUGGCGUCAGACUCCUCGACCAGCGAUGACCCCGAACGGACAAGCCGAGACCUCUACCCUGCACCCCUCUGCCCAUUCGACGCCCAGUGCCCGGCCGCCUGCCUCGAAUCGAAUUGGCGUGGCCUCGCCUCGCAGACGGAUUGCCACACCUCCCGUGCAGUUCCCAUCGAUCGGUUCCGCGUUCCAACAGAACUCGCCUCUUCCCUCCCCGACCCGCGAAUUCUAUCGACCCUCACCCCCACCCUCACCCUCACCCUCACCCGGACCAGGCCCCGUCUCGGCAGUCCGAACAGUGUCCCCUCGUCUCUUCAUUCAUCCCAAAUCUCGGUCGAGUCGCGCACACUCUCGCAGAUACUGGCCUCGCCCUCGGUACCCAUCAGUCGCAAGUGGUCAUCCCAUCCUCUUCCCCUUCCCCUUCCGCCCGGUCCGAGGAUCGCCACUCGCCUUGCGCUCGAUCAAACUCGGCGCAUGCCGUCCGCCCAUCUCGAUCUCCAACGCCAAACCGUCCUCGACCUCAUCUAGCGGCCCUCUCUCCGUCUGCAACGUCAUCCUCACCUUCUUCAUCUGCGCCCGAUUCCCCGGCCAAGCUACGUCCCCCGAACCCGAACCGGCAGGUCGAGCACUGCGCCAACGCACCUUGGCCCAACUCAACCCCUAUUCGAUCGAACAAGCGCGCUACACCCGUACCCUGCUCAAGAACGGCUGGCAAGGUGCGGUCGUGGCCGGAGUCAGGAAGGGGGACGAGAUGACGAAAGAAGAGAUGAUGAGGAAAAAGGAGGAGUUGAGGAAGAAGGCAAGGAUGAUCUAG